GGCACCAUCACCCACGAAGCGUAAGGAGGAGGAAAAAACGAAAGACAGAGGCAAAGAAAAGACCGCUACCAAGGAUGGAGACAAGGAGAGAGGACGGGACAAAGCAAGGAAACGCCGCAGUGCCUCUACUGGCAGCAGCAGCAGCAGGUCCAGAUCUAGCUCUACUUCAAGCAGCAGCUCUGGUUCCAGCUCAGGUUCCUCAAGUGGAUCCAGCUCAUCCGGUUCCAGCCGCUCUGGUUCUUCAAGCUCUCGUUCCUCCUCCUCUUCCAGCUCUUCAGGCUCCCCGAGCCCCAGCCGUAGGCGUCACGACAACCGCCGCCGCUCGCGCUCAGCGUCCAAAACACAGAAGAGGGGAGAUGAUAAGGAGCGAAGGAAAAGAAGUCCGAGCCCCAAACCAACUAAAGUUCAUUUAGGCCGGCUGACCAGGAAUGUCACUAAGGACCACAUCCAGGAGAUCUUUUCCACUUAUGGAAAAAUCAAAAUGGUCGAAAUGCCAAUGGACAGGCUCCACCUACACUUGUCCAGGGGUUAUGCUUACGUGGAAUUUGAGACUCCUGAGGAGGCCCAGAAGGCCCUCAAAUACAUGGACGGAGGUCAGAUUGACGGACAGGAAAUCACUGCGUCUGCCGUGCUAGCUCAGCGAGUCCGUCCUCCACCUCGUAGACCAUCUCCCCCUCGCAGAAUGCCCCCACCACCGCCUAUGUGGCGCCGGAGUCCACCACGCAUGAGGAGAAGGUCCCGCUCCCCCAGGAGGCGGUCCCCAGCACGCCGCCGUUCUCGCUCCAGAUCUCCUGGUCGCAGGCGUCACCGCUCUCGUUCCAGCUCUAACUCCUCCAGAUAGACGGGUUUCCUGCGUACUGAUACCAAGCGAUCUCUUUGAUUCUCUUGACACUUCUCUGAUCAGCUGGAGCUCCUGCUCUGGACUCACCAGAAAUAAAAACAUCUACAUUGUAGCCAACACAAACAUCUGCCUGCAUGUAGAAAGCUGAAGUGUUUUUUUUUAUUUUUAUUUGUGCAAAUGUGAGUUUCCUUUCAUAUUUUGUUUUAAAUUGAUCCUGAUAAACCAGUUCUGUGUUUAUUUUGUGUUUCAAGCCAAGUUUGGGCUCCACUGAGCUACAAAUAUUUCUUUUGAAGUGUGACUUCUUUUUACCACGUACAGAAUUUUUAGACAUUUUGAAAAAUAAAAAUGCUGAAACAUA